UUUGGCAAUCGGUAAAUUAAUGGCUUUAAAAAUUGUGGAAAUUCCCGGCAGCGCGACAGACAGACCCUACGGAUAUCGAACCCUGUUAUGCAUUAUAGAAGCUACAAUAAGACAAGAAGUGAUUGAUGGGUUAUGAUAGCGCGUUUUAGACAGCAUACAACAAGCCCUAGAAACCCCCGAUUUUGUCACACCCAGAUGUAACCUGUUUGACUACAAUUUCCAAAAUCGUUAGGACUGGCUUAGGAAGACCUUGCUCAGUUUACGUUGACCAGCUGUCUAGGAAAACAAGAGGUAAACUGCAUUGGUUCGUGGAUGCAAAGGGACCAUUCAACAGAAGCAAGAUCUUGUAUUCUGGGAAAAUAAGUCGCCUUUGACUUCAAAACAAGGUUGUCAAUUGAUUCAGGUCUCCUCUGACAUCGGUGCGAUUCUAACCAUGGCAGAAGAUGAUGUUCGUUGGCUCGCUACUCUAGGCAGGCGCAUAGAACUUGGCAUGUUGUAUGAUUGCCGUAGAGAAAAGGUUGUCUCUAAGUCAAAGCUGUGGCAUGAUGACGAGAUGAGGAAGGCUUGUGUCGUCCAUCAUAUAAACCAAUGCAAUUUUUCCAUCAUUUCAUCGAACGAGGUUGACGACAAAGCAGCGGCUCUUCGUAUGGACAAUGCAUUGAAAGCCAGCUAUCUUUGCGGACUUGUAGACGUUCGUGGUUCUGCAAAAUACCUAGAGGACAAGAUACAGUCAUGUCGCCAAGCCCGGGUGACGGUGCAUCACAGAAGCACUACAGCAUUCACGGAGUUACCAUUACAGCGCUGUAGAAGUAAUGUUAAAGAUCUUAACCAAUUUGAGCAAAAGGGUGCUACCCACGUAGUUAUUGGUGUUGUGUAUGGGGUCCAGUCGUUUUUCAUUUUCGAUAGAAAGUGUUCGAGCAAGGAAAACGCCACAGAAGUGCGAAAUCAUCUACUCCACGUAAUUGAAAACGAAGGUGCAUUCGGUAAGCGUGUGACUCGAUUGUCAACACCGAGCAAGUAUGGGAAUGUGGAAAACAUCUUCUGUAGGUUUUUGGUGGAUUUCAGCCUUGAGGUAGAACCAAAAACCUACAAAGAUGCUGUCAGCAUGGCUAAGAAACUGCCUUUAAUGAUUGAAAAGAAUGGUGUAAACUCAAUACCGAUUCUGGUUAGACUAUUGUCUCUUAAUAAACUUAAUCCACAGUUAGUGAAAUCGGUUGGUCAAAACAGCUGUAGUGAGCAUGUGCUCAAUGAAUUUCAGAGGAUUUUGGAGAGAACAAAUGCGAUGCAAGUACGAUGCAAUGACCUAAAAAAUAACGACAUAUGUAAAGACUUCCCCCAGUUCUCUGCUAGAUUUGAAGAAAUGAGCGCUAUCCUCGAUAAUUUCAUCAAAUCUAUAAAGCAGAAAGGUGCGCGAGCGUUAUUGGAAAUUCGUAGCGGUGGCAAAGAGCAAACGAUUCGGGAUGUAAUUCGUGACUCAAAUCAGUCACCAUUCAGGGAGCAACAGCUGAGUGUAUGGAUCAAGCAUAAAGAGCAUGAAAUGAACACAGUCGCGGAAUGCUUAAAACUCCUUGCCGGUGUACCGGUUAUCCAAUCACAGGAUGACCUAAAUCAGCUGCGCUCACGCUAUUCCAGAGUUGUUUGCUUCUCAUUCCCUCUUACAGCCCCGGACGACUGUCUUAUUGUUCUGUCUCAAAGUACCGAUUCGCUAAAGCAAACGCCCCACGUGACAGAACAUUCUUUGCGAAGUCAGAGUCCUUGGCUCAUUGAACACAAUGCGACGACCAAAUCACUUGCAGCCCACUUUAUGGAGUUAUAUAAAAAAAAUUGGAAUACCCAAACUUCGAGUAGGUUUGUGGUGUCCGGUUUUGGCAGUGGUGUACAUGUUGCUAUCCUUGUUUUUGAGCAAGGCCGUCAAGUUCAUACGAUCUUUGAGCCACCGAAGAGGUUGGGUAGCAAAGUGGGUCAUACAGUUGUCCACAGUGAUGAACGCAGUUCAUUUUCCCAAUUCUUAGUUCAAAGCCACGAGGACUAUAUCCUGGACAUCUGCAGGAUAUCCCAGAGUGACCCUGUAGAGAGUGACCCCCAAAUUCUUACCAUUCCACUGAUUGAGAGGUCGAGCUCAGCAACAGCUACGUACCGUAGUUACAGUUUUGGCCGACUACCAUCUUCUGACAUACAUCAUAAAGUGAUAAUGUUAUUUGGUGCUACAGGUGCCGGUAAGAGUACCCUGAUCAACGCGAUGAUCAAUUACAUCUUAGGGGUCAAGUGGGAAGAUGACUACAGGUUCAAGAUUGUAGAUGAACGGGGGGAAGGACGGCAGUCACAGGCUCACAGUCAAACAAAACAUAUAACAUUAUAUACUAUUUAUGGCAACAGACACCACAAGAUUCCAUACACGGUGACACUUGUUGACACGCCCGGAUUUGCCAACACGGGAGGUAUUGGUCGCGACAAAGCCAUUAGUAACCAGAUCCAAGAUUUUUUCUCUCACUCCGAAGAUCAUCACAUGGACCAUAUUGAUGCGGUAGGCCUUGUUGUUCAGGCUUCAAGACCCCGCCUCACUCCCACAGAAGUUUACGUCUUUGAUUCUAUCAUGUCCUCGUUCGCGUUCGACAUUAAACGCAAUAUAAUACUCCUCAUCACUUUCUGUGAUGCCAAAAAGCCAAGUGUUAUCCAGGCUAUUGAUGAAGCAGGUAUUGCUCACAACGAAACCAUAUGCAGAUUCAAUAACUCGGUGUUGUAUUCAAGUAAAUCAACAUAUGGAGCUGUUGAUAGCGACAUCGAAGAUGAUGAAGAUUCUAUCGAUAAGGUAUUAUGGAACAUGGAAAUGAAAAGUAUGGCUCAGCUAUUCGAGGCUGUCAUUCAUUUAGAACCCAUAACAUUCGCCCUUCUUAAGGAAGGUUUAAUAGAAUCCAUUUGUGUGACCAAGCAAGAGACUCAGGUUGGAGGAGGUUCAGGGAGAAAGGAGGUAGGCCUAAAUCACACCAAAAGUGGUCUUUUGGCAGAGAAAAAAGUUGAAAGCACUGAAGAAAAGAAAGCAGUCGAAGUUGCCAGGGAUGUCAAAUCAAAUAGAUCAAGCUCAGCCACAGGUGGUAGAAUCAGGCGAUUUUUUAAGCGUUUCCGAUUUGGUAGGGCAAGGUCAAACAGAGACAAAUAUGACCAUCUUUGACUGAAGAAAAGAACACCGAGAUACAAGACCAGAUCCUUGGAGAACACAUGGAGAUUAGGAAUGAUCGUUCUCGUGUGGUUCGUUCCGCAUUUCUCAGUGCCUUCUUUGUUCAUCUCGCUUUUACUGUCGUUUUGUUAAAGCUUGCAAUGUUUCCUCCAAGAGAUAAGCGCAGACGUUGCGCUUCCCUUCGAGGAAGUGGCAUCUGGAUAGCGAUGCACUGAGUACUUCACCUUCAACAAUAAAACUAUAACCCCUAACGAAGUUCUGCUGGACCUUCUACCCAUUAUCCCCAAUACUGAAGCUGUAUUCGCCAUGAAUAUACAUUGAUCGGAACUAGUUGCCAAGACUUUAUCCACCAUAAAGAAAACUACACAAUAGUGUGUCUUUAUCUGACGUCCUCCAGUAAUUGCAAAAUAUAUUGUCAUCAGCUUUUGUUCUUUCCUCAGAUAUCAGGUCUGCAUAUCACUGUGAAUUUUCAUUUAAAUUUUCACCGUUGUUUUAUCAUUGUGAGACAUGUUAUGAGAAAUCUGGUAAAUUCGAGUGAGAUACUUCAAGUAAUACUUCGCGAGAGUUUAUUUAUUUUACUGUGAAAGUUUACAAAUGUUUUCCACGUUGGUACUUGCAAUACUUCGAGAUAAGGUAAAGCUUCGGUGAAAUAAAACAUACACUGCACUUUUCUUUUGCGUUUAAAACGCCAUUACAUUUGAUGUAUAGACGAGAGUUUUAGGUAUCGAUUCAUACCAAGUUGUCAAUUCAAAAGCAUGAGCUACACUUAUCUGGAGUUGUGGAAAGGGGUGUAAUUGCCACCCUGGGUAUUUAUAAUACGAGAGUGAAUCAUCAGCUUUGCUUUUAAAGAAAACAUUCGCAAAGGUUACUACAAGGAUGGCGACUCUGUAACCUGUGUAUUUGUAACAUCUCAAUAUUUAGGAGUGAACCUGCUGUAUGGGCUCAUAAUUCAUUUGUAAAUGAUUAAUUACAGACUCUUUUUCUGACAGGUGUGCAUACAUUCUGAAAAGUUUGUUUAAGCAUGCCACAACAUCAAUUUUGUAAGCUUAUAGUUUAGUACUGGUUUUGCACAGCUCACAACUUUUGCAAUUUCAAGUUGAUAUUAUACAUUUUAUUUUCCUCACAAUUUGGCGUAACCCUUAAGGGAGAUAUUUUGGCCCGUCUCACGACGAGGGGAAGGACAAGACCCGGCCCCUGAAACUCAGCUGUGCCUUGCUGGAUUAUUUCAAUUAGCAUGCAUUUAUAAAGACACAUUGCUCAUUAAAAAUAUAAUGUUUGAACUCAUUCAUACAUAUGGUUAGGUUGUUAGGGUCAAAUUGUGAGGUUUGUUACACUUGUCAGCCCGUGAGCAUUGCACAUAGCAGUAGAAAAAUAGCAUGCCUCAGGAUGACGUCUCGGAAAAUGGGUGCUGUGCAAGAAUGGUAUUUUCGAUUUUAUAUAAUUGCUGUAGAAAGACUACAAAGAAGUAUUCUAAAAAUUCCUUCAGGCUCAGCUCCUGAAAAAAUGCACUUCGGGGAUAAUGGAUAUUUUUCUCAGGAGUACGUUUUGCCAUCAUUUGAAUGGUUAACUAACAUUCAAAAUGUCCACCAACUGGAAAACAACGUGACCUUUGAAACCUAGAAAUAAUCAUUAUACAUAUUUUAUACACCAUUUGACAACUGUGAAUCUCCAGCAGUGGAAACUGAAAACCAACUUUUUUAAAGUUCAGCUUUGAUUUUCAAGACGUUUAAGGUUUGUCAUCUUGAUGACAUAUACUUAAAGCUCUAUUUGAUUUAAAUCAGCCUUUGACAUUUAUUAUGUGGUUAGUUUCUACCUGUUGGUAACCUUCAAAGUGAUCAUUUUCCUUAAAAAUUGAUCUUUUUUGUUUGAUUGUCAAACCUUCCAUCCAAACAUAUAUAUGAAUUACCGAGACUAACAAUUUUAAUAGAAGUUCAUACAUGAACUGUGAUAUGUAUAAGACCCAUGUAGUUUUGUUGAGAAAAAUAAAUUCUGUACAGAAGGACAACAAUCAACGGU